UCCGACAUUUUGUGCUCGCCGUAUGGAGUGGGUAUAAGAGGUUUUCGUCACUUCCGAAUUCACCGUAUGGAGUGGUUGUUUGUAAAGUUUUAAAUGCAAAUGAUCCAAAUAAAUGUCGAGAACUUUGCGGUACUUGCAAGGGAGUUUCUUCUUUUGUUGAUGAUCGCUGUGAAUGCUAUGGAAUUGAACCAGAAGGUGACGAAUGUAUUGGAAGAAUUAAAAGGGAAGCUGAAGAAAUUGGUUUUGAUCUUGUUGAUUGUGAAUUGCCGAAAUUACAUCGGAUUGCUCGAUGUAGUUACUUUACAAAAAAAUUCUUUAACAAUUGUAAGUUGAGAAAAAAAAUAUAUCACUUAAAUAAUUUAAAUAAAUUAAAAUAUCUCGAAAAUUAUUUGUCAGGCAAUAUGAAUCGAGUAGUAGAUAAAAUAGUUGAAUCUCAAUUAAAGAAAUACAAAAUAAAAUGUAACGACAUUAAAAAAUGUAAAAAAAAUGAAUCUAAAAAACAACAAAAUAGAUGUUCAUGUGAUAGUCAUGAUAAAUCUCAAGAAGCAGUAUUAGAUGAGCAACAUAAACAAAAUAUAAAUUUUCGAUUCUAUAAUGGUCUUAUCUCUCAUUCGCCAUCCAUCCCUACUGAGGAUAGUAAAGUUGAAAGUAAAGAAUUCGUUGAUAAAGAUCAAAAUGAAUAUGAUGACUCUCAUAUUUAUAAUGACGAUUAUCCUGCAGGUUCCAGCAUAUCCAAUCUUUUAGAAGCACCAACAAACAAUUAUCGAGAACUCGAUGAAUUUGAUGAAGAAACUGAUCAAUCAUCAAGACAAUUUUUAGUCUCAUCACCUCUAAGACAAGGUAUGAUAACACAGCCAAGUUGGACACUAGAUGGUUCUGAUGACACAUCAACGUUAGACAAUAACAAUACAAAUAGAGAAGUUAUUGAAAUCAUUAGAAAUAUCCAAUCGUUACGAAAUUCUAUAGUACAAGAAAUGACUCAUGUUCUUAGUCCUGAUGAUUCAACUGAGUCAAGAAGUUUAGAUUUUAAUGAAAAUGAUGGAUCUAUUGAUGGAUCACUUUUGCCUUCUGAUAGUGAGUGUCUUUCUUUUCAUUCUACUGAAGAACCAGUUUUAGGACACCCUCGAGAAUAUCAAUCUAAACUUCAUGAAAUUAAAAAAUCAACACUGCAUAUAAUUAAUAACAAUAAAAAGCGAGAAACUAAUGAUCAAAAACUAAAAAAUAACAAACUUUUAAGACUUUGA